UCUCUCGUUAAGCCCCGUUUGAGUAAUUAAUAGCCUCACGGAAAAGUGAACGGCACAAAUAAAUUUGCGUGAGGGAAUAAAGGUAGUUUUUGGCCGGCAUGCGGUGACAUGGGAACAGAAUGAACACUAUGGCAUCUACUGACGCUAGAUAGCUCAAGCUGCCUCAGCAGUGUAGGUGUACUUGCUGGAAGUAUUAAGCGUGUGGACAUGGAUGAACUGGAAACGGGGAAUGAUCGAGGAAUUGUUGAGAAACAUAGAUUUGUAUUUGGAGAACUGGAACUGGACCCUGAAAUUGUGAGUGAAGAGGCUGGAAAGGUCUACUCCGAGUUACAGUCUGUGAUAGAGACCCAUGGCACUGAUGUUGUGGAGCCCCUUGUGCCCAUCCUGGUGUGGGUUCUGGAGGGGCUGGCCAGCUGCCGGGCCCAGUUGAGAGAGAGUGAGAAGGAAGCAGAAAGGGAGAAGGCGGAGAGGGAAGAGCUGCUGGAGAGGUUCCAGAGUGAGAGGGCACUAAGGAAAGAAAGCCAAGAGCGGUAUUUGGAGCUGGAUGACCAGUUUGAGCAGGAGCGAAGGACGAUGCGUGGAAGGGAGAAAGAGAGAGAGCGGAGAGAGAGAGAACUAGAGAGAAAGGCCAGAGAACAAGCAGACCAGUUGGUGGCCUUGGAGGAGCAGAAAGCUGGUCUUACUCGUGACUUAAAUGCACUCAAACACACACACAAUAAGUUAUUGCACAGCUACAGGGAACUUCUGGAUAGGAGGAAGGAUUAUGAAAGAGGAGAGGGAUCCCUUUCCCCUAUAAGUCAUAGGCAUCCAAAGACAUCGGAUGUCUCAUCGGAUCAUGCGUCAGUCAUGCAGGCAAAGGUGAGAGCAGAAACUCCUCCCAUCCCCGGCCACACGGAGCCACCGAGUGGCGAGGAGGACAGAGCGAAAGAUGAGGCCAGACUGACAGAAGCAAAGUCGAGAACUUCGUCUUUUAUUGAUGCCAUUGUCAGCUCCACGCCUGAGCUGGUCCAGCUAGAUUGUCUUGUUUCAACAACCAGAGCUGAACUGGAACACACAACUGACCCAGCUCAAGCAGAGCCUGGGGACAGUGUGAAGCAGCACCCUGGAAGUGAGGGAGCAGACAGCGAGGAAGGAGAGGAUGAGGAUGAUAGCCUGGAGUGGGAGCUCAGGAACACGGACUCUGUUUUCUCUGAGCUUUCCGAGCUGAGCCGGGAGUAUGUGGAAAGUGUGGACCAGGGGGCCAGUGUGCGAGGUAGUACAGACCAGUUUGAGGAGAUUCUUUCUCAGUAUGAGGAACUGAAACGAACCAAUGAACAGAUUGAUUCAGCCCGAAAGUCGCUGAUCUGUCGUGUGGAGGAACUGACCAAUGAGAGAACACUUCUAAGUUUGGAAGUGGAAUCUUGUCGAGAAACCAUCACACGACUGGAAGGGAGGGUGAGGGAAAUGGAGGAUGAAACAAAACGACUUAGGAAGGAACUGGAACAGAUUCAGAGAGAAGACUCAGAGUUGUCAGGGCCUACCUCCUUGCGGCGCUUCUCUCGCUCUGAAAUGGCACGAGUGGUGAUGGAGAAGAAUCAGUAUAAGGAGCGCCUGUUUGAGCUGCAGGAGGCUGUGCGCCGUUCUGAGUUGCUCAGGGCUACCAAGGAAGAAAGGAGCACUGAAGAGAGGAAGACCACCUUGUGGAAAAGGUUUAACCGCUUGUUUGGUCUGACCAAGGAUCCGCUGGCGGUGCCUGCUGGUGGUGGUUCCUCCUUCCCUCCACAAACACCAGCUCGCACCGUAUCACUGCAAACUCCACGGCAGUUGACUGUGGGCCAUACUCAAACGGAUGGAUCACCCCCCACUACUCCCUCCCCACGAGUUAGGAGGAGGGAGUUGUACAGAGACAUCCGCACCCAUGUGUGGAAUACUCUGGGAAAACGACAGAUCCACGGUUGGAGCUUACCUGUGCCACAGGAAAUGACAAAGUUGUGUGGCUGUGACGAUCACAUAUUUCAGGAUGAUAGUAGGACCCCUUCAGAACCUAAGGAUGUACCGGUACUAGUCCAGCUGCGACUACUGGACCAGAGGGAUGCCGCUGCUAAGCUGACCUGUGCUGUCGCUGUCACGCCUGAUAUUUCACGUGAGCCGGCAUGUUCAGUGUGGGUGGUCUCUGGUCCUGCUUCCAGCAGCGAUGUGACAGUGAUUGACCCAGCGCGUGCCAACACCGUCCUGGAUCAGUUCAGUCUUCCACCCACCUCACCUGCCCUGUGUCUCUGUGCUGUGCCCCCCACUGGAGAAUCUCCAGGAACAGUGUGGUUUGGGACUCAGGAUGGAAGCAUUUUAGUCCACUCUGCAUCUCUGGCCAGGAGGUGCUGCUUGAAAUCUGUCUCGCUUGCUGAAGGAGUGCACUCUCUUACGUAUUUUCAGGGUCAGGUGAUUGCAGGGUUAGCCAAUGGCUCACUGUUGUUUUUCACUCAAAAUUCAGGUAAAUGGAAUCUCCGAACUCAGGAUGCGAUUGUCUUGGGAUCCAACCCAGUACAGCCCAUCCGUUGUGUCCUUGCGAGGGAGACACGGUUGUGGGUGGGCUACUGGAAUAACAUUCAUGUGAUUGAUGUUAACAGUAGGAAAGUAGAGCACUCGUUCUCUGUGUCGGAGCGUCGUGAACAACAAGUGCGCUUUCUGUGUUCGGCUGGCAGUGGUGUGUGGGCAUCUUGUCGGCUUGAUGCCGUCCUUCGUCUCUUUGAUUGGUCAACCUGUCGGCCCUUACAACAAGUGGAUUUGACCCAGCUAGUUACCAAUGCACUAGGUCCUGCCUUCCUGUCAUCCUGUCCUCUCCAGAUUUCUUCCUUGGCAAUAAUCUGUGGGAGGUUAUGGUUGGGCACAGGAAGUGGAGCCAUUUUCUCAAUCCCUGUACUACUCAGUUCAGAGUCAGCCUCUAUACCAUACUGCUCUCUGCCUGGGGCCCAACUCUGCUACCAUGGGCAUCGUCAGGCUGUCAAAUUUAUUGUUUCUGCUGCUGGCUGUUUAAAUCCUUCUGCCACUGCUGGGAUCUCAGUUUCUACACCUCACCUUAUACUGAGUGGUGGUGAAGGGUAUAUCAAUUUCCGGAUUGGAGAUGAUGGGAGUGACAAUUCUCCUGAUGCCCUCCACCAGCGUUCAGAACGCAGCCACAUGAUCAUCUGGCAGAGCUCCUCUCCCUCUGUACCCAGCCCUUCCCUUUGAUUUAUGCCACAUGGAUCCUAGACCUCUUAAUGGUGUUUUAGUGCAGUCUGAACAUGGUUGUAUGUGAUCAGUCUAUCUCACAUAUGCCCAUUUGGGUUGUUAUUGUGAUGCUGAAAUGACAUUUCUUUUGCACUUAUGCAGCAGUUUCAUUGGUCAGCUGAGGAACAAUCUUUACGUCAUGUUAGUAGGGGACUGUUUUUGAUCACUGUUACACCACUGGUUUGUGCAUUUUAGCACACUGGCAUUUCAACAACUUUAAUUUUACAUCAUGAAAGGUAGACUUAAGCUGCUUGAAUAUGAUUUACUGUCAGUGGUUAAUUUAAGACUGUGAAAUAAAUGAAAAAGACUUUUUACAUACCAAUUGCUGCACUUUAACACACAGAGCCCUGGUGCUUUCUGCAGGCUAGUCUUUUCCCUCUAUCAUCUUACUGCCUUAUGGGGUGUUUGUCUCAUUUGCUGUCUACAUCAAAAUAUCUUUGUACAUCUGUCACUCUUACUGUUUUAAGUCUUUUACCUCCAGAGAAAGGAGUAUAAGGCUUCUACUUCUACAGUGCUGGAGUACUUGGUUGGCUUGUUAAAGUUUGUAGCAGGACCCUCUUCAGCAGCUAACUUCUUUCUCUUUUGGGUCUUGACUAAUUGUGAAACAAAUGAACUUCUGUAAAUACAAUAUUUCCUGUCAAAUGUUGUCAUACAUGCAUUUACAUGUAGCUGACACUUUUCUUCAAAGUGACUGACAAUGUUA